AUGUUCCGCGAACACAUUACCAGCGCCGAGUUGAGUCUGGACCAAGCAUGCAUUUUUAUUUCAGAAGAGCGGCAUCCCGCGUCUGUUACCGGCAGGCUCAAUCUCGCUCUUGCACAAGUCGUCUCGGUCAAGAGUAUCAAAGUGAGAUUACGGGGAACAUUUGCGAUACCUAUUGAGGGAGUGUUUAGUUCAGAAAACCGUGAACAGAUCACAUUCGAGCGAGAACAGCCACUCGCUUCUUCGAAAACACUCAACGCAUUCCAAAUGCCGGCAGGAGAGCACGCCUUUUUAUUCGAUAUUCCACUUCCAAGCAAGAUUUUCGACACGGCGACUGGCGCAAACCAUCAAUAUCACACAUACCGCGUAGAGGCCAUUAUCGAACGGCGCCUCAAAAGCGAUUUCGUGGUCUCGCAGCCGGUUAGGAUUUACCAGGUUUCCGAUUUGGAAACAAGCUAUUUAAGACCACAUUGCCCGCUGACUCUCGAAGGUCACUCCAACGAAAAUAUCCAGUAUUGUCUCUCCAUCACUGAUCGGAAUGUACCCUUUGGUUGCACAUUUCCUGUGGAAUGCUGGUUUGCACCGCUGUUGAAAUACGCCAAGCUCAACACCGUUACAACGAAAGUGAUUGAGAAACAAACUGCGCGGAUGGAAGCUACUGCUGCGGAAUCAGUGCGACACAACAUGCGGUUUAUCACUGCUGCACAAACUCAAACUGUGUUCUCCAAGACCAUCGAUUUCUCUCGAGAGGAGUCUCCGGUAGAUGGUUCGGACAUUGAAUGGCGCUUCACUACUCCAGUCUCUCUGCCUCAGAGUCUCGACGCGUGCUCGCAGAGCAUGUCGACCAGACAUAUCAAGAUCACCCAUGAACUUUCGAUCACUGCUGAGUUCCGCGAUGAGGAAGGAAAUGUAACAGCUGUGAUCACGGAAGUUAUGCCGUUUAAGAUUCAUAUGACACCCAAUGUGAUUGGAGAAGAUGCGUCCGUUCAUGGGCAAGAUAUUCAACACAUCCAGGGAAAUCAAAGUCCUCCUCCGGCUUACGGUGAUCGCUUUUCGGACUCGAUAGUAGCGGUAGCUACUCAACUGAAUCUUUGUGGCCACCCGACGAUAGCGGAGAUCGAUUCUGCGCGAUCCUCAAAUGAGCAAAGUGCGAGUAUUCACGCCACGCAGCCUGCUCCCCGAUAUGAAGAGGUCGCAUAG